GGAGAACUAUGAGACGGUGACCUCGCUGGGAUUCCCCCUUCUCAAACCUGAUCUGAUCAGCCGGCUGGAACGAGGGGAAGAGCCGUGGGUGCCCGAUCUCCAGUCCUGUGAGGGAAGAGAGAUCCCAAGAGGCUCCCACACAGGUGAUGAGAGAGUAAGUGAGACCGAGGAGGGGAAUCAACAGCAGGAAGUUCCUGGGCACAGAGAAUCACAGGGGACCUUUUUGGGAAGAGCUGAAGGGAAUUUUUCCCAGUGCUUGGAACAGGGACAAGCCUGGGGAAAUUGGCAGAGCUCAGAGAGGCUGCUGAGAAACCACUCAAGGGAGCAGAUGGAUGAAUCUUUUAUCUGUGGGAAAGGAUACAGGGAUCCCACAGCCCAUCACAUAACCCCUAAGGAAGACAAACACUAUUUAUGCCUCGGUUAUGGAAAAGGAUUCUUUCUGAGACCACAGUUUGUUUCACCUCAGACAAUUCAUACUGAAGAGAAAUCACUUCAAUGCUCGGACCGUGGGGAAAGAUUCAAUAACCGCUCAGAUCUUAAUAACCAUGGGAGAAGCCACACAGGAGAGAAACCCACUCAGUGCCUUGAGGGCAGGAAUUGUUUGAAUUGGAAGUCAACACUGAUUACACAUCAGGCAAUCCACACUGGAGAGAGACCCCAUAAGUGCUUAAUCUGUGGGAAAAGUUUCGUAUGGAGGUCAGCCCUACUUAGACAUCAGAGAAAACACACAGGAGAGAGACCGCAUAAGUGCUUAGAGUGUGGGAAAAGUUUCGUAGAGAGGUCAGGCCUUGCUAAACAUCAGAUAAUCCACACAGGAGAGAAAUCCCAUAAGUGUUUGGACUGUGGGAAAAGUUUCACACAAAGAUCAAAUCUUAUGGAACAUCAGAGAAUACACACCGGAGACAGACCCCAUAAGUGCUUAGACUGUGGGAAAAGUUUCAUACAGAGGUCUGCCCUUCUCAAACAUCAGGCAAUCCACACUGGAGAGAGACCGCAUAAAUGCUUAAUCUGUGAAAAAAGUUUUAUACAGAAAUCAACCCUUCUUAUUCAUCAGGCAAUCCACACUGGAGAGAGACCCCACAAGUGCUUAGACUGUGGGAAAAGUUUUAUACAGAGAUCAGCCCUUCUUAUUCAUCAGGCAAUCCACACUGGAGUAAGACCCCAUAAGUGCUUAAUCUGUGGGAGAGGUUUCAUACGGAGGUCAGACCUUGUUAAACAUGAGGAAAUCCACACUGGAGAGAGACCCCAUAAGUGCUUAGACUGUGGAAAAAGUUUCGUACGGAGGUCAAAUCUUCUUGUACAUCAAAAAAUCCACACUGGAGAGAGACUCCAUCAGUGCUUAGACUGUGGAAAAAGUUUCAUACGGAGGUCUGACCUUGUUAAACAUCAAGCAAUCCAUACAAGAGGGAGACCAUAAGUGUUUGAAAAGUGUGUAAAAGGUAUUUGGGACCAUUCCAAGAAAUAGAGACUAGAACUUUGAAAUGUAACUUGGUAUUGUUAAGUAAUCGAAAGAAGAUAGUAGUGCUGUUGAUUAAUUGCAAUUAACUUGCAUGAUUAACUC